CAGAUCAGAGAGUCGACAGCAGACAGGUCAAGUGACGUGAUACCACGCGCGUGUUUGUAUAUUUACUCGUGAUGGUGAUGUGAUUGACAUUUCUCAUCUCAUUUAGUGUGUUUGAUAGAGAAAAAAAAAUGGCUUUCGAGGAUAGAUCCAGCCCAAACGCGGGUAGUGACUCGAAUAACAGCAAGUUUGAUGGACCAAACUCUCCAGAAAGUAGCAGAACUUCACCCUACACUUGUACGACAUCUCCUAAACCCGAACAGGCUGAAAGAUCGUUCUUUAGAAUCGCAUCCUUUGCUUUAUCCAGUCCAAAAUCAGAAUUCCCCGAUUCACCGGCCAGUUUUCGAUCACCAUCACCCCAAGAAAGCGUGGCUUCGAGUGUAUCACCACCCCCAGUGAUUCACACACUUAAAUACUCCAUUUACAACAUCCUCCAACCAGAGUUUGGUAAAAAGGCUCUGCUAAAAACGAAAUCUUCUCCAAAAGUCGGUUUUAGACCCUACGAAGAAUCAAGUUUAACGAAAAAGAGUUUGAAUUUGGCGCCUCUGGGGUCGUUGUGUCAGACAGUGUCACAGAUUGGGAGUUCCGGUAAUGGAUUGGACUUUGUGAGUGUGCAGAAGAGUCCUGUGAAGGCUGCUGUGGUUCCUGCCGUGCAGGAGGAGGGAAAGAAAGAAGAGGGAAAAGUGCCUACGUUGUGGCCUGCGUGGGUUUACUGUACCAGAUACUCAGACAGACCUAGUUCAGGUCCAAGAUCAAGAAGAAUCAAAAAGCCAGCAACUCAAACCAAAUCAACGGAAGAUAAGCGACCCAGAACGGCUUUUUCUAGUGCCCAGCUAGCUCGUCUCAAGCAAGAGUUCAACGAAAACCGGUAUUUGACAGAAACCAGACGUCAAAAACUGAGUUCAGAGCUUGGACUAAACGAGGCCCAAAUCAAAAUUUGGUUCCAGAACAAAAGGGCCAAAAUCAAGAAAUCCUCUGGCCAAAAGAACCCUUUGGCACUUCAACUAAUGGCACAAGGGUUGUACAAUCACAGUACGGUGGCUUGUGAUGAAGAUGACAUGCCAUUGGGUAGUUAAUGACAGUUUUAGAGACUUCUAUUUGUAUAUUUUUCUGAAAUCAAAUAUAGCACAUGUUUAUAUUUUAAAAGUAAAAUAACAGACAUAAUAUGUAGCAGAAUUACCCUGUAGUAGACAUACCUACAGCCUACAGUAUACAGAUGCAUUCAAUCUAAACAGUCUUUAUAAAUAUGUGCUACAGAUUAAAAAUAUCAACCAUGGUUUGUCCAGAGAUCCAAGAGAUAAAUAUAAAUAAGUAAAUAUAAUUGUCCAAGAGAUAAAUAAAUCUGGACAAACCAUGUAAAAUUCUCUUUUUGUGAUCUCAUGUUAUUAUUUAUUAUCAUUAAUUCAUAAAAUUUAUUUUUAAAAUUUUUGUACAAAUGUAUAUAAUGUAUUUUUAGUAAAUAUGGGCAUCAUAUCAUUAAACGUAUCCUGUAAAUUUUAAAACCCUUUGUAUAUAUUUAUUAUAAUAAUAGUAUGAAUGUAUAUCGAAAAAUUUUUAGGUAUUCCUGAGCUUUUUUUAGUAAAAAAAACUUGAGGAUAUAGGUAGACUAUAAUUUGUUUCAUACCGCAGAAUUAAAUAAAAAAGAAUGUCACAGUAGGUGAAGAAAAUUAUGGUCUAUUCAAAAAAAACAUUAAAAUAUAUAAAUGCAUCCAAAAAUACUGUUUUUUUUUGUUCGAUAUAAAAUUUAAGUAAAUUUACCACAGAUACCUAUAGUAAACCUCCAAUAGAAAUGUUAUUUAAACUCCUACUAUGACAUUGUUUUUAUUAAAUCACACGGUAUAAUCUCAGCUUUAUUAAGAGGAUAGUUAUAUAGGAUUAAGAAUUUUUUUAUUAAGUAGGGAUAUAUAGAUAUAAAAAAAUUCUUUGCUGUGUAAAAAUUUAGACUGAUUUAGUACAGAAACAUAUAGAAUGGAAGAAAAUUUCAAAUUGUGCAAUGGUUUUUAUGUUUUUGUUGUACGUAUAUGAUAAAUAGGUACUAUGUAGUUG